AAAACGCUGGGAUUACAGGCAUGAGCUACCGCACCUGGCCUAAGUACUGCUAUCCUGAAGGAGGCGGACAGAAAGCAAGCAGUCAUGGGUGGCGGGUGGGCUGAGUCUCUGUAAGUUGCCCAGGGAAGAUAGCUCUGACAAAUAAUUAGAAGUUGCCAGCCUUGUGUACAGCUGAGAAAAGAGCAUUCCAGGCAGAAGAGACAGCAAGUGCAAAGACUCUAAGGCCAGAAAGGCCACCAAAGUUGUUUGGUUCCGUGUCCUGAGCUACCAGCUUGGCAGAUGGCUGGUGCCCAAAAAAUGCUAGAGUGAGGGAAUGCCCUUCUUUUGCCCUCCCUUCCUCCCCAGUCUGUGUGUCUCUAGAAGGUUGCUGCUCUGCCCACAGUGGAGGACACGUGAAGAACUGGAGUCCUUUCCUGGGGCAGACUCCAAUACUGGGACAAAGAAACUCUUCUGCUAGGACCAUGGAACUGGGAGGUCCCAGUGUCUUUCUUUCCCAACUGCUCUGAGAAAAUCGGCCAGUGGCAGGUGGAAAUGACACGGAACCACAGAGCAGCAGGGCGGCAGAGAGGGAGAGUGAUGGUAGGGUAGACAGUACAAGGCUCCAGAGAGCUCCUGGAUAAAGCAGUGCCGGAAGCUGGCUCCCUCCAAACCUCCAUUUACAAAUUUUCUCUUCGUGCAAGUCAGUUUGAGUUGGGUUUGUCACUUGCGACUGAAGACGUCCUGACAAAUGCCCCAAAGCUACCAGCUCAGAGAUGCCCAGAGGCCUCUCCAAAGCUGCCUCCUCAGGUCCCCACUGAGGCCCUGUGUUGUCCUGUCCCUGGACGACCUGAGCUUCUCGGUGGCUGUGCCAGCCUGGACAAGGGCAGGCCUUCCUUCCGAGAGGCCCGUGGCCACUCCCCCAUUCAGCCCUUCUCUGACCCGACAGUCUAGUCUAGGAGCCGGGGCGCGGGCCUCAGACCCUCAGGGCCCACGAGAGGCCAGGGCCGGCUGACCAGGUUCGGCGUGGCCAGCGCCCAGUGGGAAGCACUGGCCGACCUAGCCGAGACCACACGUUAGUUUCCAGCAACUGUGGACUCGGGAAGCGGCCAAAUCGCGCCGGGCCUCGGCCCCCAAGGCUCGGGACAUCCCAGCGCUCAGUCGCCAACCUCCGCAGCUUCCGGCCAGACGCCGAGACCCAUAACGCCCCGCGCGCGGCCUGGCCCCACCCUCCGCACGCCAGUCCCGCUCCUUGAGCCCAGUGCGUAGCCUCGGAUUGGCCAGGGUGGCUUUCGCUCCUCUGGUGGGCGGGGCUGCGGGCCACACAGCGGACCCCCAAGUGGACCGCUGGCACCGGUCGGGUGGCAGCAGAGUGUCGCUCGACAUGGGGGAGGCCGGGGCUGGCGCUGGCGCGCCAGGAGGGCCGGAGGCAAGCCCGGAGGCGGAGGUGGUGAAGCUGCUGCCCUUCCUGGCGCCGGGCGCGCGGGUGGACCUGCAGGCGGCGGCGGUGGGACACGUGCUGGCGCUGACUGGCUGCGGGCCCGGCCGCGCGCUGUUGGCGGGGCAGGCGGCGCUGCUGCAGGCGCUGAUGGAGCUGGCGCCGGCCUCUGCCCCGGCCCGCGACGCCGCCCGCGCGCUCGUGAACUUGGCCGCUGACCCCGGCCUGCACGAGACAUUGCUGGCGGCCGACCCCGGGCUGCCAGCGCGCCUGCUGGGCCGCGCGUUGGACCCGCAGUGGCCCUGGGCCGAGGAGGCGGCCGCCGCGCUGGCCAACCUCAGUCGCGAGCCGGCGCCGUGUGCCGCGCUGAUGGCGGCGCUGGCGGCCGCGGAGCCGGCAGACUCGGGCCUGGAGCGGCUGGUGCGCGCUCUGUGCACGCCCGGCUACAACGCCCGCACGCCCCUGCACUACCUGGCGCCGCUGCUCUCCAACCUCAGCCAACGCCCUGCGGCGCGGGCCUUCCUACUGGACCCCGACAGGUGCGUGGUCCAGCGGCUGCUGCCCCUUACCCAGUACCCCGACUCGUCUGUACGCAGGGGCGGGGUGGUAGGGACGCUGCGGAAUUGCUGCUUCGAGCACCGACAUCACGAGUGGUUGCUUGGACCUGAGGUGGACAUUCUCCCCUUUUUGCUCCUGCCCUUGGCUGGGCCUGAGGAUUUCUCCGAGGAAGAGAUGGAACGGCUGCCUGUCGACUUGCAGUACCUGCCACCAGACAAGCAGCGAGAACCUGAUGCAGACAUCCGCAAGAUGCUUGUUGAAGCCAUCAUGCUGCUGACAGCCACAGCACCAGGUCGGCAGCACGUGCGGGACCAAGGAGCCUACCUGAUCCUUCGAGAGCUGCACAGCUGGGAGCCAGAGCCUGACGUGCGGACGGCUUGUGAGAAGCUCAUCCAGGUGCUUAUUGGGGACGAGCCUGAACGUGGCAUGGAAAACCUGCUGGAGGUGCAGGUGCCUGAGGAUGUGGAGCAGCAGCUGCAGCAGCUGGAUUGCCGGGAGCAGGAGCAGUUGGAGCGGGAGCUGGCCCCAGAGCCAUGGGUGGAGAGGGCCACACCCACCUGAGGCCCCUGCAGCCGGACACCAGCUCCAGGGUCCCCUUUGCCAGGCUUUCUCAGACCAGGGCUUCCUGCAGCUGCCUACAGGCCCCUUGGGUCCCCUUGUUCAGAGACUGUGCUCUUCUGAGAAGCAGAGCUACACUUAGGCUCCAGUAAGGAUUGAAGGCACUUCCCAGCCCUGUGCAGUGUUGCUACCAGCAAGAAUGAAGGUUGUGCACAGCAGUACUGUGAGCUAGGCACCGUGACUCGGCUGCCUGUGCAGAAGGUGGAGGUGGCAGGCGGAUGGCCAGGGAGCCGUGAGAAGACUCUUCCUGGGCACGGUGUCGGGACUGGACAGAAAACCACUGCAAGCCCCGAGGAGCCAGCUGAAGCCUCCCAAUCCCCAGGGAACUGCAGGGUCUGGGCAGAGGUGGGUGCAUAGGUACAAGUGCUGCUUUGUCAGCCCCACUCCCUGCGGCUCUCAGCUCCCUGUUCCCUGAGACCUGGCCUCAAAGGGCUGACCCAGCCAUAUGUAGAUCCUGGGGUCUUUCUAGGACUGUGCCUCCCUGCUUGCUAGGACCCUGCCCUCAACCCUUGUCAGCUCCCUAAGUCUUCCUGUUUCCCAGUCUCAGAUUGAGUGGGUGCUCUCAUUGGCCUCUCUAGCUAGGCCAUCUCCCUGGUCAGCUUCCUUGAGCCUGGGUCACUCCUCUCUGGCCUUCUUACCUCUGCCAAGAGCCUCCAGAUGUGCCUGCAGCCUGGUCCCUGUCCAAGCUUCUCCCCCAGCCACCCUCUGCCCCUGUGGUAGAGCCCACUAUGGGCUCAGGGGCCUUACGUGCUUCUCCCCUGGACCUAUGUGCAUCCCCCCACCUGCCAGUUAUGUGGCUGCCAAGCCCCACAGGCUGUCAUGGUGGCUCUUGCCACACACUUCCAUUCCUGAGCUGAUCUGACCUCACUGCCACCUCUUGCACUGGGCUCCUGAGGGCUGGCCCCUGCUCACUGAUGGGCCCUCCCAGGCCCCUUGAGCCCUGGUGAAGGAGCUUAGCUUGUCUUCUUGGGAGUUCACAAUGCCUCACUCCACACCCUUAAACUGGAGCGUCCCCUGUGGUCUCCUGCUGUGGCUCGGGUGCUGGGCAUCUCCCACCUCCAGGAUCUCCUCUCACCUGCCCCCAUUAAAGCUCUGCCACUCAUGCAGGCAUGUGUGGACCAUGUUUUCCCCUGGCCAGAGCCCCCACCUGCCACUGGAGGCCACUUGCCCUCUUAGGCAGUCAGACAUCUGCACUCUCUUCACAGAAUAAAUGCUUCAUCUGGCCUUGC